UGUAAAAUUAAUAUCAGAAUAGCUCAAAAAUUCCAAAUUCAAGAGAUUUACCUUUUUGGUGUGUAGUGAAAUUGAUCAAUGUAAAAUAUAUAUCAAGUCCUGAAUUUUGUUUAUAUUGAACAAAACAGUGAAAUAUUGGUUUAAUGUGCUAAGUGAAGAAAAAGGUAAUACAAAAAAAAUACUGUAUUUUCAGUUUAUAUUAUUUAAAAAAAUGUCAUUCCUGUAUAGUGAGAUAGGCAAUUUAGAACUAAUAGCCAUAUUAGGAAAGAUCAGCAAAUUAAAAUUGGAUUGCAGCAUUUUUUCCACAAUCAUAAUUGGUAUCAAUUCACCCAUAAAUCAAUUAAGUUGACAGGUAAGGUGUGCAAAGAGUUACCAAAUCCAUAAAUAGAAAAGUAAUUAUAUUUUUUACUAACAGGAUUGUGGAGGCAAAGUAGUGGCCAAAGUUGAACAAGGUUCACUGUGCUUCGUAAAAAGAGGCCAUAAGGUGCCACGACCUCAGACUGGUGUGUUUUACUACAGUAGCUACAUCGACAACUGUAUCAAGGAAGGCCAACUAUUGAGUCUGAAUAAGUACAGUAUUAGGAAUGAAGAUUAUUUGGAUGAUGAGCAGGUUAGAGAUGAAGACGUCGAUCCUUCUCCUGACGUUGGUGUACGCAAUAUACCAGUGCCCACGCAAAACACCAAGCGUUACACUUCCAGCCAUAAAGGACGAGUCGAGUACAAACCUGAGGAAGACCAGAGCAUUCUUGUCUACCUCAGAAAACACAACCUCCUCGGAAGUGUUAAAGGCCGGGCUAUGUGGGUGACGAUGGAGAAAAAAGGAGUACUGCCAGGCCGCACGUGGCAAAGUCUCAGGUGCCGAUACCUCAAAAUUAUCGCCGUUAACCAGGAUAACAUGUUUGCUCCAAAAGAUUCGAGCUCAACUUGGUUAAAAAAGAGAGUGAAACUAGUUGACGCCGUCGACCAAAUUAACACAGGCAACAAAGCCAACACGAGGGUCCGACAUUCCGACAGUGGGAGAACGGAAUCAAAAGACAGUAGCGGUAAAGUGAAGCUCAGUAUGGUGCCGUCGACCACAGCUGCGAGGUUAGACCAAACGGAGAGUCGUCACAGCAUAAACGGGGAUGUUUGUGAACCUUCGACAUCUACACAAGUAGACCCCGUGCGGGCGGAAAGUUCAAGCAAAAACGAAAGAAAACGGGGCGCUCGUGGCAAGCCGCUUUCAGUGUCCUCUGGGUACAGCUACUCCGAAGAUGAUGACGCCGCUCUUGCCCUAUCCCCGACCAAAUGCCAAGGAAGGAGCGAUGUAGGUGGUAACAACAUCCAUGGUGGGUAUGAAGCGAGUGAGAGCUCGACAGAUUCAGAAGACGUUGCUGGUGAGGUUGAGCAGGCAGGGCCAACAGUAUGGCAAGGAGCCACCAUGCCAGCAGCUGCCAGCCUUGAGGAAACCGUCAGCGUGGCACGGUCCCUGAUGGAGAUCUACCAGAUCAGCCUAGAAGAUUUGGAUGCUGAAAUAAUAAAACAUCAGGGAGACGUCAAUGCAGUUAUGGACAGUUUGGACCUGCGAGAGUCAAACUCCACAGACGAGAGUCUUCAAUAUUGACAUUUCCUGCAAUUUUGACAAACGGCUUAGUUUUCAUGAUGAUGCUCACCUUGACAUCGUCAUUGUGCCAUGGGUCGUCGUCC